GUGUGUGUAAGGCAUGUCCCCCAAGUGACUACCAACCCACAACUGUCCAUAUAUGUUACACAACUUGUAAACUCUUUGUAAAAUAAGAAUAAAUUGAGUAUAAGCUUAAUUUCCCCUCAUGAAACAGACAUUUUGUGCCAGAAUGCAACAUUACUUCACCAGACAAUCUCCAAAAUGUUCCAAGAAGCAGUAGCAUGACUGGGAAAAGGCCAUUUGUGCAGCUGCAAAUCAAAGAAACCCAAGGAGAGAGAGACAGAGCUCCCUGAUUAGAGGUCAGCUGUUGGAUUGGUUGGAGUGCUGUUAUACUUCAAAGCCUCACAUCAUCUUGCCUCUGCAAGUCUUUUUAGCAAAUGAGCUCCCUAUAAUAGUUUAUUUUUUAUUUUGCAGUCCUCUAACAAAAUAUGGAGUUCCUACACAAACCUCUGCUUUUUCUCAAGCUGCUCUGCCAAAGAAGGAGUGAAGCUGUGAUGAAAACAAGAGCUGAAUUCUUCCAGGAGUGGAGUCUCAGCUGGCUACUCCACCCAGUACUGCUUCCAUUCACAUCCAUCCCAAUGGUCGGUAGUUUGUUUUAGCAUAAUUAGACCCACAGGACAAAUCACAGACCUUUGCAGAGUAGUGAUAGCACAAUUACAUAGCCUUUUAGAAACUUUCCAUCUCUGCUCAGAUUUUCUAUGGCAAUUGGGUGGUAGGUUUGGGAGGACUGAUAAUUUCUUGACAUUUCUGAAAUCCUUGCUACGGCCCUGCUGGCUGCUUAUGGAUCAUAUUGCCUAUAGGAAAGUUGGUUAUGAAAAUUAAAAUUAAAAUUAAAACUCCCCUUGCUUUUGUUGGGUAUUUUUUCCUCUCUGCGAUACUUGAGGGUUAAUCCAUUUUUUUUACGAUGGAACUUUUCCCAGCAGCAAUUGAAAGCACCGUGAAACCCUGAUCCACUGGCUUGGAGAUCCAGGCGCCGGGACUCUGGCUUUUCCACGCCUCCCUCUCCCCCCGUGGUGAAUCUCCGGCUCACACACUUUGCCAGACUUCCAGGAGUUGGAGCGACAGAUCGAAGACGGAGCACCGACAUCGUUGAAUAAGGAGAAAACCCCAGUUUUCUUGUUCACGUGGAUAUGUUUUCUUGUCUUGGGGGAUUCCAAGAAGGCGCGAUGGUUUGCGCAGCUGGAAAUGUUGGACAGUCGUACCGCAGAGAAAGGGUACACGUACACUACACUGCAAAGUUGUAAAAGUAGUUUCCCUUGAAGUGUUUUUCCCGUCACCCGUUAAGACUCCGUGCUUCUCCAGCCUGUAGACCCUCUGCCAUCAUGGCGAGGCGGACAGGGGAGACAUCCGUGGUUUUGACGCCGAGUACGCGCGCUGCCUUCUGGAAUAAACACAUCCAGUUCCACAUGGGCUUCUGGGCUUUUUCCUGGAGCUUCGUCUUAAUCUCUUCAGCUCUUUCUUGCGGAUAUUGCGGAGCUGAGACGGAGUUUUCCAUCCUGGAAGAAGCGCAGGUUCUGGCCGAUCAAAUGAAAAAACUGUCCUCUCAGGAGCUGGGAGUCUUUACUAUGCAGAGGAUUUUCAACUCAUUUGUGUACACUGAGAAGACAUCAAACGGAGAGACAGAAGUGCAGCAGCUGGCCAAGAAGAUUCGGGAAAAGUUUAACCGCUACCUGGAUGUGGUGAACAGGAACAAGCAGGUGGUGGAGGCCUCAUACACUGCACACCUCACGUCUCCACUCACUGCCAUACAGGACUGCUGCUCCAUACCAGCAUCUAUGAUGGAGUUCGAUGGAAACUUCAAUACCAACGUCUCCAAGACCAUCUGCUGUGACAGACUUUCCCCCACCGUCAGCAGCCGAGCAUUCAAUCCCGGGCGAGACCUCAAUUCAGUGUUGGCAGACAACCUGAAGUCCAACCCGGGGAUAAAGUGGCAGUACUUCAGUUCCGAGGAGGGCAUUUUCACAGUCUUCCCUGCCCACAAGUUCCAUUGUAAAGGAAGUUACGAGCACCGCAGCAGGCCUGUGUAUGUGUCUGCAGUGCGUCCCCAGUCUAAACAUAUUGUGGUGAUGGUUGACCACGGAGCAUCUGUAACUGACACCCAGCUUCAGAUUGCCAGGGACUCUGCACUGGUCAUCCUCAAUGCCAUCGAUGAACAUGACAAGAUCUCAGUUCUGUCAGUGGCAGAAACGGUUCGGGCAUGCUCACUGGACCAGUGCUAUAAGAGUUUGCUGUCUCCGGCCACUAGUGAAACUAAGAGGAAGAUGAGCACCUUCAUCUCCAACAUUAAGGCUUCUGAUGGAGCCACACAGCACGCAGCGGGCUUCCAGAAGGCCUUCCAGCUGCUCCGAAACACCAGUAGCCUCAGCAAGCACAGCACCACAACAGACAUGAUGAUCAUCUACCUGUCGUCCGGUAUCACGUCUCGAGAGCUGUCGGAACAGGAGAAGAAAGCAACUCUCAGUGUGGUGAGAGAGGAGAACCGACACCUUAACAACUCGGUCAUGAUCCUCACCUAUGCUCUCAUGAAUGAGGGAGUAACAGGCCUGAAGGAGUUGGCCUUCUUGAGGGACCUCGCAGAGCAGAAUUCGGUGAAGUAUGGCAUCGACCGAGCGUCAGAUCGAGACCGCUCCCAUAUAGUGUCAUCGUCCGGGUCCGCAGGAGGUUCCAUGAUGCCAGUGGUGAAAGGAAGCAUGAUGGUGUUGAACCAGCUGAGCAACCUGGAGACAACAGUGGGCCGCUUUUAUAUUAACCUGCCCAACCGCAUGAUUGACCUGGCACGCUUCAGCCUGCCCUAUGCUGACCCUAUGGGAGAUGGCUUCAUCAUGACUGUGAGCCGACCGUGUUAUUUUGGUAACCUCCUCCUCGGCGUGGUUGGGGUAGAUGUGAACCUGGCCUAUAUCUUGGAGGAUGUCACCUACUACCAGGACUCGCUGGCUUCGUACACCUUCCUCAUUGACAACAAAGGUUACACGCUGAUGCACCCUUCGCUAACACGACCGUACCUGAUGACAGAGCCCCCCUUGCACACCGAUAUCAUCCACUAUGAAAACAUCCCAGGAUUCCCUGCUGCCCGACAGAACAUCCUGAGUCUCCCUCUGGGCAGUCAGGUUAUUACUGUUCCAGUCAACUCCUCUCUGUCCUGGCACACAAACCGACUCAGGGACAACAGCAAAGACGCGUACAACGUCAGCUACGCCUGGAAACUGAUUCAGGACACGUCGUUCAUCCUGUGCAUUGUGUACGUGCAGCCUGAGAUCCCAGUGAAACAGCUGAAGAACCUGAACACAGCUCCCAGCUCCAAGCUGCUCUACCAUCGUUUAGACCUGCUCGGCCAGCCCAGUUCCUGCCUGCAUUUCAAGCAGCUCGCCACUGUCGAGUCUCCCACAGUGAUGUUGGCAGCUGGUAGUUUCUCAUCUCCCUAUGAGCACCUCAGUCAGCCAGAAACAAAGCGUAUGGUGGAGCACUACACUGCCUAUCUCAGUGAUAACACCAGGCUCAUAGCCAACCCAGGCCUCAAGUCCUCUGUCAGGAACGAGGUUAUGGCUACCAGUCAUGUCACGGAUGAGUAAAUGAGUAGCCUCAACUGCUACAUUGUGCGGCGUUACAUAGCAACCCCCAGCGGGGUUCUCCGGAUUUACCCGGGAUCACUGAUGGACAAAGCCUUCGACCCGACCCGCAGACAAUGGUACCAGCAUGCCGUGGCUAACCCCGGCCUCAUCACCUUCACGGGGCCGUACUUGGAUGUGGGAGGGGCGGGAUACAUUGUCACCAUCAGCCACACCAUUCAUGCCUCCAGCUCUCAGAUGGCCCCAAGUUAUGCAGUUGCAGUGAUGGGUAUAGACUUCACUCUACGUUACUUCUAUAAGGUCCUGCUGGACCUGCUGCCCAUCUGCAACCAGGACAAGGGCAACAAGAUCAGGUGCUUUAUAAUGGAGGACAGAGGGUACCUGGUUGCCCACCCUACUCUCAUUGACCCCAAAGGUCAUGCUCCUGCAGAACAACAGCACAUCACACAUAAGGAGCCGCUGGUGGCUAAUGACAUUCUGAACCAUCCCAACUUUGUCAAGAAAAACCUUUGUAACAGCUUCAGUGACCGCACCGUGCAGCGUUUCUACAAGUUCAACACCAGCAUAAUGGGAGACCUCACCAACCUGGUCCAUGGCAGCCAUUGUUCUAAGUACCGUCUGACCAGAAUCCCUGGCACCAAUGCCUUUGCCGGUAUUGUCAACGAGACUUGUGACUCUCUAGCAUUCUGCGCCUGCAGCACCGUGGACCGGCUCUGUCUCAACUGCCACAGAAUGGAGCAGAAUGAGUGUGAGUGUCCGUGUGAGUGUCCUCUAGAGGUCAACGAGUGCACGGGAAACCUCACCAAUGCUGAAAACAGGAACCCGAGCUGUGAGGUGCUUCAGGAGCCACUCAGUCUGAAUGUUAUUGAUCCCAGUCUGCAUGACACCCUGCCCCAGUGCAUCAACACUCGCUGUAGCCAGAGAUACACCAGCAGUGAUUGUUUUGGUGUGUUGGACUGUGAAUGGUGCAUGGUGGACAGUGAUGGUAAGACUCAUCUCGACAAGCCAUAUUGUGCCCUGCAGAAGGAGUGUUUUGGUGGCAUUGUUGGUGCCAAGAGUCCCUAUGCGGAUGGCCUGGGACUUCUAGAUGAAGAGGUGGCAUCUCUGAACAUGAUCAAGAGUGCACCUGUGGGUCCAGUUGCUGGGGGCAUUAUGGGAUGUAUCAUGGUGCUGGUGCUGGCUGUGUACGCAUACAGGCACCAGAUCCAUCGGCGCUCGCACCAGCACAUGUCACCGCUGGCAGCACAGGAAAUGUCAGUGAGAAUGUCGAACCUGGAUAACGAGAGAGACGACAGGGAUGAAGACAGUCAUGAGGACAGAGGAAUCAUCAGUAAUACAAGAUUUAUAGCUGCAGUGAUUGAGAGACACACACACACUCCUGAACGGAGGCGGCGCUACUGGGGACGAUCUGGGACAGAGAGUGACCAUGGUUAUAGCACCAUGAGUCCUCAGGAAGACAGCGAGAAUCCACCCGGAAACAACGACCCGCUCUCAGCUGGUGUCGACGUUGGUAACCAUGAUGAUGACCUGGACCUGGACACACCUCCCCAGACGGCUGCGUUACUCAGCCACAAAUUCUACCCCUACCGGCACACGCAUACACACCACUACCCUCUGCACACGCAUCACCUGCAGGCUGCAGUGACUGUGCACAGUGUGGAUGCAGAGUGCUGAUCCUCAGUGUUGCAUUGCUUCUCCUGCCAGAGAUGGAACUUUUUUUGUAUUAAAGAGUAUUAAAAAAAAAACAUUGAUAAGACAUCACACAGUAGAUACUGUCAGGAUGGAUGGAUGGAGGGAGAGAGCCGCCACAGCUCGACUUAGACCCACAAUGCCACUGGUCUGCCGGGGCCUUCGCUUGGAAUGGCUCUUUAACUUAAUAUGAAUAUUAGUCUCAUGAUAUCAUUGUACCAACAUCUCCACAAUGACAGUGUGUAUAAAAUUUUGCAAGUAUGCACAAUUUUACACACAUUGAAACUCAUCAGAUCUUGGCCAGUAAAAUAACCAAAAGAGAUUUUGUGUUUGUUUUUUUUUCUGAGGUGAUUUCAGGACUAUGUAAGGGCUCACUGCUGGGAGCAGUCAAGAUGCUGUUGGAGCUCAUCCAUUGGCCGUCACUGAGGAGAGGACACAACUGGAACUUUAAAGCCUUGAGAUAGGACAAAGGCUAGGCCACAACAAACACUAUGUCGGACCAGAGGAUAAUUAAAUUAUAUCCCGAGCCAGAUGUGGACCCUUUUUGUUCCAGGGCCUCAUCCCAACCUUCCCAUAGAUUUUUUUUUUUUUUUACUCUGCUCACUUGUGGUGAGGGGAACAGCAGUCCUUACACUUGUGAAAGCUGCUGAACAUCUCAGAUGAAGAGCAAAAUAUCAACUUUACCAACACCUGCCUGCUUCUAAUAUGGGAUUAUAUUAUGGAUUCUAUCAGUUUUACUAGCCUUGGUUCUACAAGUAGACACUCCAAGUUUCUGCCUUUAUGCAAAGGAGUUGGAGGAGCUGUUGGCCUUGCACAAAAUAGUUUGGCCAGAUGAUUGGAUGUUUUCAUGAAUGUCUGAACUUCAAAGCAGAAAAAAUCUUCAGUGAUUCUCAUAAAUACAGGAGGAUACACUUAGAAGAGGAGAAUGUUAUUUUUCUACUAUUUAUUAAAGAGGUAGAUUUUCAGGACAUAUGAGCAAGCAGCUGCCGCUAACACAAACCACACAGUAGUAAUAUGUAACGACCCACUCCCUGUAACCAGUGCAUCUUAUUUUGGGCUCAUGUUUUUUCCAUUUUUAAUUCCUCUGAAAGAAAUCAGUGAAUUGCUGUUUGUUUAGAAUUUCUGAAUACCAGUAAUAACAGACUAUUUCAAUAUUGGGAAGAGGUUUUGUUUUUAUUUUUCAUCACACUGAGCGACUUUUAUUAGCAGCUCGUUCGCAUUUUCCUCUCAUUUGCUUUUCACCUUCAGUUACCAGAAGCAUCCUCUCCAUGUUUACCCUGUAGUGUGGAUAACUGGGGCCUCUUUAAACAACACACAUUUCUGGAUGAGCAGGGACCUACAAUCUGAUUCCAAUCAAUUCUGCUCAUUUCAAAAAUCCAGAUUUUUUUCUGAAUAUCAAUUAAAAUACAAAUAAGCCUUAAUCACAUCCUGAGCAGCUGGGAGGAAGUGCUGUUUGAGAUGUAGCAUAUUUGUCUGUUUUCACAGUUCUGAGGUGAUUUUGUGUUCUUGCAAGCCAAAUAUGUUGACAUCCUCCUCCUUCUGGACAUGCCCUCUGUAUCAAGAGGCAGAAUUUUUAUGUUCCCUGGCCUUUUUAAGGCCCGGGGGGACAAGAAGGAAGAGAGGAGCUAACAUUAGUAAACAGUCCUGGCUUUAGUCACUGCUGGGGAUUUGGUGUGCGAGGAUAACUGGGGUACCUCACAGAAAUACUGAGAAAUUCACAAAGACUGAGUGCUGUCCUCUCUAUAUGCCUGAGUAGAAAUGUACAGAAUAUUAUUCCCCCUCCAUUUUACCACAGAGCUUGUCUUUGAGGCCAAGCUGAUAUUACAUGUACGUUAAAGUUGAGUGCUGGAUUUUGUGCAAAAUAAGAUGAAUUUCCAUUGAUACCCAAGAGGGAGUCUCCUUCUCAUCAAAGAGAGUGAACGAGGGAGAGAUGCUGCUGUUGUCAUACAGAGGUUAGAUCCAUCUGCCGGCUCCUCUGUGGUUAACCACUCAAAAUGUCUUUUUCUACAUGUCUCUGGAUUAACUGUUGUGUAUAUUUGUGUGUGUGUGUGUGUGUGUGUGUGUGUGUGUGUGUGUGGGGAGAGAGAGAAUGAUUAUCCAUCUGGAGCAUGUUUAUUGCAUUAUUGUAUUUUUUCAAGAUACUAUUAGAGAAUUAUAGGUGAAAUUAUUUUGAUUGAUAAAUCCACUUAUUUUUAUUCUGAUGAAGAGUCACUUGACCCAGUCUGUGUUUGUUAUUUUUCAGAGACUCAUUAUGAAGUGUAAAUAGAGAAUAACAAAUAGCUAUUAAUGUCCUGUACACUCCAUUUUUUUGUUGGUAAGACAUGAUAUAUGCUUCAGUUGAUGCUCAGAUAUUUGGGUUAAUUGACUAGUCUGUUCAUGGUGUCUCACUAUAUUUUUGAUGCCUUGGAUGUUUUUUUUUUUUUUUUAGAUUUAUAUUUCUUUAGGUCCAUAUUGGAUGUAAGUCAGUACUUAAAAUUAAUACACACUUUUACAUUUGAGAUUUGUAGUUUUUAAAGUUUUAUGUUUUCAUACUGUUAAAGAAAAUUGAUCUCAUCAUAAAACCAACUUAGGUUUGCAGCAAAUAACUGUACUGCAUCAUUUCACUGAGUAAUGACCAAAACACGACAACAUUGUAGUGGAUUUGGGGUUUACAGUUGACUGCUGUAAGCCAUGCAGUUUUUUUUUCCUUUUGGCUAAGGUGUCAUACAUGCUUGUAUUGUCUUCAGAAUAUUAAAAAUACUGCAGUUGAGCUCAUUGGAUGUUUAGUGGGAUAAAUGUUCCUCUGAAGACUUGAAUUACAGAAAGGUUCAUCAUCAAAGUUGAAAUUCAGAAUUGUCCUCUGUUUUCACCACUUUAUACUGUGCGGUACUUAAUUUCAGUUUGAUAUCGAACUAGUCUUGUGGCAUUUCAGGGCAAUCUUUACAUCAGAUGCAGUCUUGCAAGUAUCUUUUGAUAUGUGUGCAUGUUGGGGCAAAUUGUUUUAUCUCCAAACUGAGUUUGUUAAAGACUUUUUUUCUGGAGAGCUUUUAAACAGUAUUUACCAGCUGUUGCAAACAAGUAUAUUUGUGUGUAUAAGGAACACUCUGAGUUGCAUUCAUCAAUGUAUUGAAGGAACAUGUGUACAUCACCCCCUCAUGUAUCAUAUAACGUUAUCAAAUUGAGAUUUAUUGCAAUGUGAAUGUGAUAAA